GCCGCGCGAAGGACGCAUCCCUAUCAGUUUCGUUCGCCAGCUGUUCGAGGGCCUCUACAUGUUUUGCCAGCGUGCCGAGCUCGCGCUCUAAGCGGGCGUUCAUUUUUUUUUUGUGCUGUUUUUACAGCUCUGCUUAGAUGCUUCAGAGGUUGUGUUACGGCGCCUGUAUCGCUCUUAACCCAAGCGGAGUUUAUAAAUGCGGUUUCUGUAAUUGUGAUAGGCACCACAGAGCUGUGUUGCUUCACGUAUGCGCUACAGCGGCGUGAGCUUUGCCGCUUUUGCCGCUUUUGCUUUUGGUACUAG